AUGAAGGCAGUGGCAGCAACGCGGGUGCCGGGCAGGGUACUAGCGCAGGAUAAUCCGCGAGAGGUCGACGCGGACGCCGAGGAGCUUGCUGAGAUGGAUGUCGCCGAUGGCGACAAGGUACCUGUGCAAGUUUGCCAAGAUGACAGCCUCCACUCGACGGACAGCGGCAACAAAGACCUCCGCACCAUCGGCCACCUCCUACAAGUCAUGAUCCCGUAUGGCGGCAUGCUGUCGAGCGGCUUCAGCAUGGCCUCUACCACCAUCGGCGCCGGCAUCCUCGGGCUGCCGGCUGCCUUCCAUAGUGUCGGCAUUAUCAUGGCCACUGGCUAUCUCGUACUGAUCACCGCCGAGACCGUGUACUCCAUGCGGCUUCUCGUGCAGGUUUCGGAGAAGACGGGUCUGCGCUCCUUCGAGGAGAUGGCGAAGCACCUUCUGCAUCCGCGCGCCAAUAUCUUUGUCGCCAUCAUCCGCGCGCUGCACAUCUUCGGCGGCUCCGUCGCCUACGUUGUCACCAUCGGUGAUCUCCUCAAGCCGAUCCUCAGCUCCUCUGCGUCAACGCCACCGUUCCUUCUCACCUCCAUAGGCCUGAAGCUCCUCACUACUGCUUUCUGGCUGGUCUUUAUGUUUCCGCUCGUCCUGCUGCGCAGGAUCAACUCGCUCCGCUACGUCUCCGCCUUCGGCAUUCUCUUCAUCCUGUACUUGGCGCUCGUGGUCAUCACCCACAGCGCCAUGAAUGGAAUGAGAGCGCGUCCCCGUCCGGCAACGCGGCUAAUUAGCACUGGCAACAUGGCCAUUGAGGGCCUCGGAGUCUUCAUCUUCUCCUACAUGUGCCAGAUUAACUGCUUGGAAGUGGCGCUCGAGAUGCGACCUCGCAGCCUGGGCCGCUUCACCAUCUGCGCCGCCGUGAGCAUGACCAUUUGCAGUAUCCUGUACUACGCCACUGGCCUCUUCGGCUACCUUGACUUCGGCGAAAUGCAAGGCUCCAUCCUGCUUCGCUACAACCCCCUUGAAGAACCGCACGUGCUCGUGAGCUACGUUGGCGUGUUCAUCAAGAUCUGCGCCUCCUUUGGUCUCUUGAACAACGCGUGCCGCAGCGCUCUCUUUCCUCUCAUUGGCUGGGACCCCUACACCGUAGUGUACUGGAAGUACCUCAUCGGCGCUGUUUCUCUUGCUGUCCUCGUGCUCAUGUUGGGGCUGUUUGUGCCCAAUGUGAACAUAGUGUUUGGCUUUACGGGAGGUGUAUGUGGUGGUUUUGUUGGGUUUAUUCUCCCUGCGCUGUAUGUCAUGUACGCUGGAGGGUGGUCAUUUCGCUCCGUAGGAGUAAUCAACUACUGCUGCACCUACCUCAUUUUGGCUGCUGGCGUGGUAGCCGUUGUCUUCGGCACCGCUGCCACCAUCUACAGCGUCGCUACUAACUAA